CAGAUGGCCGGGGCCUCGCGCGAAUCUGCCGAUCGCGAUGUUAUUCACGCACACAAGCGCGCAGUCACUUUUAUAUAGUGGAGUUCGUGCAUCUGCACGCGAAAGUGCACGCGCGCGCGCGAGGACGCUUCCAACCGGUUUCCUCCUCUCCCCAAUCUCUUGGGCCGAGAAAUGCCCCGCUCGCGUUGUGUACGAGGCGAUGCACGGUCCCCUUCCUUCGGCCGUUGAUACCGCCUUGGCCAACGGGUGUACACAAAGAGAAAACGAAGCGGGCCCGUUGUGUGCAGCAUCACUCCACGCCGCCGGCGCACCAGUCGUGGCUUCCUCCUCCUCUUCCUCCCUCCUCUCUCCUCCUCCUGCUGCCGUCGGAGCGGAGUGUCCGACGUUCAGUCCUCCGCCUGCGGUGUUCGUGUGCACUGCCGUCGAAGGAACGACUUCACAGCUCUCGGCGAUAUGCAGCAGCACCUGUCGUGAGCGGCGUGUAAAAGCGCCGCCGUGGCCGUUGUCGCCCGUUCUCUCGACUCAUACGACGACAGCCGGCUCCGUGUCGCUCUCCGUCGCCGCAACGUCCCGACCGCUCCGGUCACCGCACGCGUGUUUGUCGAGCGGCCUUGUGAGACGAGCACUCGCCGACGCACGCGUGUAGCGUAGUUUGUGCCGUCGUCCCAACCUGUCUGCGACAUCUCGCGCUGCAUCGGUGGGCCUGCCUCGUGCCGUUAGUUUUGUCCCACCUCUGUGGCUCUCCGCUAACUGUGUGUGUGUGUGUGUGUGUGUGUGUGCGUGUUUGCUUUGACGCGGCUAGCCAAGCUGUUGGCGUGUCCAGGCGCGCGGUGCACGAGAGAAUUCAUUUUCCCGCGGAAGAGGUGCGUCACGGGCUCGGCAGUGACCAACGGUAUCGGCGGCGUAUCACCCGGAUUGUUUCGAUCAUUGGAACACGCCCUUCUCAUCUAUAUCGCCUUGAACUGGAACACUCCAUGCCUUGUCACUCCACGGACUCGUACGUAAACCCAUCUGCGGUGCCAGUGUGGGUAGCCGCACCGUUAGCGAAGACGUAUACCUCGCCCGCCAGAAGACGCACGAACUGACACCACGCCCGCGUGACCAAACAAGGAAAGGAUCCACGGUUUGCUUACUUGUGGCGACUUAAGCGCGCAAGUGGGGCGACUGUGUGUGACAUAACCGUCUCUUCCGGUUGGAGGAGCGGACUCUGCUUGCUUCCGCUUCAAGAGCUCGCCAUCAUUCACCGCGCCGAGCGACCACCGACUCUGCACCGUUGCGCAAAGGAGACAUGGGCGGACAACGCCCAUCGACGCGGCGCUUAAAGUGACGUUUCGGCUCGCCUCGAGUGCUCUCCCACACAGGCGGAGGCGCGUCUGCGCAUUCUUUUUUAUUGGAAUAUGUACUGCGUGGCGUGUGUACACUGACUCUGGGUGUUGUUUUCUAUUGGGUGGUUGAUGAAAGUCGGUGACCGAGCUCGCGUUGAGGGUCGCACUGCUUCGGCGCUCUCUCGUUUGUGUGGUUCCCGAAACAGCAGUUUCCUCGUACGCUUUCUCAGACAGUGCUUGGACAUUUACAUCGACGCCUAAUCCCGUCAUUGUUCCCGUAGUGACGGUAUUGUUUUAGUCGUCUAACUGCAUUGCUACUAGUCGUGAUAGCAGUGGGGAACAUUGUGCGUCUUGUGGGCCGAAAACAGUGGCGGUCUUCCGCUCCGUGAAGAUGUCAUUCGCUCACUGCGGGCUCUUCUUACAACUGCGCGUUGCUGUUCGUCUUGAAGCCUUUGCGAUGCCGAGCGACGAUGCGUUUCUCCCUGAAGACUCCGCGCGGCGCGCACUGCGAAGCGGGCAUUGACACGGGGUACAUUUGUGCUCGCGAGAGGUGUUUGUUUUAAAUCGCUCGUGCGCACUAGCUUUUGGUGAUUACUAAACUGGAAGUGGAAACGCCACCGCGAGGACAACGUGUUCCGCGUGUUCCUCUCAGCGGAAACCAUGGAUUCCGUCUUCCGUUACCUCUACUAUCACCAGGAUGACGACUCAACAAACCUUCAGCUGGCAGCCGAGCUGGGCAAGACGCUGCUGGAGCGGAACCAGGAGCUCGAGGAGACGGUGCGACAGCAACAGUUGCUCAUCGAGGAACAGGAACAGGAGCUGCAGCACCUGAGUCGACAAGCGGCGAGCCUUCGGGAGGUGAAUGAAUCGCGGCUCAAGAUAUACGAGCAGCUGGAGCAGAAUGUGGCUGAGCUGGAGAAGAGCAACCAGCGGCUGCAGCAGGAAUCGCGUGCCGACAAGAAGCGCAUACGCAGGUGCGUGCAUGUGUGGAAUAUGUGUCCCUUUAGCAAAUCAACAAGCACCCCCUUGGACCUGCGAGAUGAGGUCUCUUGA